CGCCUCUCUGGCAAUGCCGGCGUUGAUUGGCUGGCGGUCAUAUUACCUCACAGCUGAUUUCGUUGGAUGAGGUGAUGUGUGCUGCUUUGACCGUUCAUAAUUUAUUUUCAUGUAGCCAUUUCUGGUUAGCAUCUCUGAAGAGUAGCAUAGCAGUCAUCGUUAACUGUAGCAAGCUACUAUGGCACAGGCGGCACCGGCGAAUGUCUUCGACGCAAACAACUCUCAGAUCCAGGUGGAACACGAUAAAAAGCGUCGGCAGUUCGUUAUAAGGCUAAAUGGAUCUCAUGAUCGUGCAGUUCUGCUGUAUGAAUAUGUUGGGAAGAAGACAGUGGACUUGCAACACACUGAAGUUCCAGAUGCUUACAGAGGUAGAGGAAUAGCCAAGCACCUGGCCAAGGCAGCCAUGGAUUUUGUGGUGGAAGAGGAUCUGAAAGCCCACUUGACCUGCUGGUACAUUCAGAAAUAUGUCAAAGAGAAUCCUCAGCCUCAAUACUUUGAACAUAUUUAUCAAUGACCCUACAUGACUCUGACAGCAAAGAGGAGGAGAAAGAGACUCCCAGGGGAUAAAUGUUGUGUGGCAUCAUGCUUUGGAGUUACAGGCUGACGUACAACAAAUGACCUUCCAGGCAUGUCCCUCUAGAGACAACUGAUCUCACGGCAAAGACGUCCACGAGCUGAACGUUGGGUCUACGGGUCCAUAACAAGGGGAUACACACUCACCAGAAACAGGAAGUGUAUCUGCUGGUCACUACCUGUAAAAACAUGAGCAAAUAAGCUAACCAAAGCUGAAGCCUGUUACCUCAUACAGAAACCUUCAAGAUCGACCCAUUACGGACUGGAAACAAGGGUUAGGCUGCAUUCACAUCAAAUUGGGUGUUCGGCGAAAACGCCAGUCCUGCCAUUCAUGUGAAUGUGGCUACUGCAAUUGGGCUGCAGAGGAUGUCGGGGGAAAAAUGCAGCAGCUUACAGCGAAAAGUUGAAACAGAAUUACCAACAAACUACCAAUCACUGCAAGUGUGUUGUACUGACAAUCAAAGAAAACGCAAUGGAGUGGGGAACACAAUGGAGACACACAUGGCUCGUUUAUGUAACACUCCCAUACCGUCUCACAACGCUGCGCUGAUCACCACAACGCCUGAUUUGGUGGGAAUGCAACCUUAGGCCUGUAAUGUAAACAGUUGGAGUCAAAUCUUAUUUGUUGCAAAUUUCCUGUCCUUUGGACUCAUUAGUUGUGAGCAGAAGCCAUAUUGGCUUCACUGAUGCUCAAACGUUUAUGACUUAUAUUUUAACCCCCUUUUAAUAUUCUUUGGCUUUUUGUUAUUUCUUUCUAUUUGCUUUCCUCUCCUGAAAUGAUACUUAAGUAACCUGAUUCAUAAAAAUAGAAUGAGAGAACAGACAUUCCCAUUAAAAUUAACAUAGCAGGAUGGUUGGAGUAGCAGCCAUUUUAAUGUGUGCCAUUGCAAACGAACUGACCGUUUUUAGCGAGCCAACUCAUUCUAUUUUAUGGUCAAUGCACAGUGCUGAGUGCCAUUUUCUUUUGAACUAAUCAAAUUUCCACAGUAAAGAGUUAAGUGUCCUCUACUCUUGCUAUAUUUCUAUGCUGUGAAUACUAAACACGUCUUUAAAACAUUAAGAUACUCAGUUUUUUUUUUUCUUGCUGAAUGCUAAGAAGUAUAGGCGUAAAUUGGUGGGUAAUUUAAAAAAAAAAAAAAAAAUUGAAUCUGCAUUUUAAAGAUCUUAUUUCCCCAAACUGUUUGGUUUGAGUGUUAUUCCAUCCAUUCUUCCCAGUAACAUAGAUGUACCGUUCAUUAUUGGAGUUACAAAUGGAUUAGUCAAAGGUGCAGAGAUUUGUAAACCAAAGAACACAAACUGAGUCUAACUCCGGGGACAAAACUCAUUAUUGUCUCCAUGGUAUGUGUUAAAUAUUACAGGCACUCGUGAUACAUUAGGUCUGAAGGUUUUCAGACACUUCCAUGUGGAGAUGAAUAAAUAUCUCCGCUUAAAACAGCAUUUAAAAAACAGCCGUUAUAUUCAGGGCAUUUACAUUUCGUUGUGUCCAUCAGAAAAAUGACACUGGAUUGCUUGGAUUCUUUUUGUUCGUACUCACAAAGCUUCUUUUGCCAGCUGAUAUUAAAGUGAUAAAGGUCAUCAUGGAAGAAGGGUUUUACUGAAAGGUUUACUGUAGUUUCCCUUUUUAGGCUCUUCCGGAGCUUCUGCUGUUGACAAUCUUCAUGUGUUAAGGAGAAAAAUACCUCAGGUUUCUCAACACACUCUGGCAGGACACACACAAACUGCUUUAAUCUCUUGAGGUAAUUGCAGGAAACCACUUUCCCUUUGUAAAACUUUGCAUUUGGUGUUUAUAUUUGUGUGUUUUCUUGAAUAGAAACAAAUGUCUGAUUUAACAGUUUUGAGCAGGUGGCUCUACCAUAAUGUACCAAUUCCUGUUAUAUUGUUUUGUGCUUUACUUUUUUCCACCCCAUUCUUGUUGUAUAAAUAAAUAAAACAAUACUCAUCACAU